AUGGCCUUUGUUGAUUUGGGUGCCAUCAAUUUCUACGAGAAACCCCCAUCCAAGUCAGGUCCGUGUGGGGAUAAGCGGCCUCCAGCACACAACGGCAACGUUCCCACUGUUAACGAACAGUGCGAGAGCCGCCAAGCUCUGACAUCUGCGAAAAAGCCUGGAGCAUACACUUUAUGGAGUUCGGACAAUAGUAUACCGGUGUCUCUGCGCGUUGAGAACGAUUCUGGUGUUGAGGGCUGGAGGGGUGACUCGACACCAGUUUUCAAGAUGCCCCCUGGAUGGGGCACGGGACCGCUAAGGGGAAGUUCAAGCAACAGCACCGAGGCGGACAAACAAGAUACGAGUACGCCCGGUGAACGCGCCGUCAGAGGCGAUGAUCGCUCCCGCUUCCAUCACCCUCCAGGGCCGCCCUGCAAAUCUAGGAUCCUCGGCAAGCCCAUAGCCGGGAAAACCGCAUGUGACCUGAUCGAGGUGGACAGCGGCGAUGACUCCUCUUCUUCAGACGAUUCGGGCAGCAAUAUCGGACACGAAACCUCGUCCGCUACCACCCCUACCUGCGCCGUAUCGCCUAGCGUCAGCAGUUUAGAUAAGGACAAGAUAAAGAAGACCGUGACUGGCGGUAGGGGCGCGGAAGGGCCUGUUACUGUUGCACUGAACCUUCAAGAGCAUCAAGACAGCAGCUGGCUAGACGUCGACCAGUUUCCUGACACUGAUCUGAGGUUUGAGGACCGUGCAGCUGAGGACAAAUGCCAAAAAUUGGGAGACCUCGAGGAUAAUUUACGAUCUGAUAGUGCCAAGGACGGUCAGGCUGAAGACGGUUCCCGAGAGAUGGACCACCAUGCUAAUAGAGCUGAGGAUGAGGAUGGGGUAGAGCAUGGUAGGGAAGAUGCCAUCACGGAUCCAGAGAUGGAUGGCAUUGAGGUGUACAGCGAUGGGUCCCAGAGCAAGGGCGGUCACAGGGCUGGCGUUAGCGGCGAUGUUGAAGGACCCGUCCGACGCCCAAGUCCCUCAAGUUCCAGUGCACUCCUCACCUCCCCCAUGGCCGGCAGAGGUCGUGGUAGACCUUGUCGCAGCCGAACUGCGAUUACGGUAGGUAACGCCGUCUGGGAGGUCACUAAGAUUGCCGGAGAUGAAUAG